GACAUGUACACUGAUCAUCAGGGCACUGAUGAUCAGUGUGCCCUGAUGAUCAGUGUAGCCCCAGCAGUGCCACCUGUCAGUGUCCAUCAUGCCAGCUGUCAGUGCUCAUCAAUGCCACCAGCCAGUGCCCAUCAGUGCUUCAUCAAUGCCACAUAUCAGUGCCUACCAGUGCAUAUCAAUGCCACAUAUCAGUGUCCAUCUGAGCUGCCUUUCAGUGUCACCUAUCAGUGCCAGUCAGUGCCACCUAUCAGUGCUGCCAAUCAGUGCCACCUAUCAGUGCCAUGCCCAUCAGUGCCACCUAUCAGUGCCCAUCAGUGCAGCCUAUCAGUGCCCAUCACUGCAACCUCAUUAGCGCACAUCAGUGAAGGAGAAAAAUCGCUUCUUUACAAAAUGUUAUAA